AUGUCCUCCCAAACCACCUUCACCCACCGCACCACCAUCAUCACCGGCGCAAACACAGGCAUCGGUCUCGCCACAGCCCGCCACCUCCUCCGUCUACAAAACGGUACGGGCACCCUAAUCCUAGCGUGUCGAAACCCCACCUCUGCUGCUUCGGCCCGGGAGGCCCUCCUCGCGGAAUUCCCCUCCACCAAGACAAAUAUCCGGAUUGAACAUCUCGAUCUGUCUUCCUACGGUAGUGUACGGUCUUUCGCGAACGAGAUUCGUAAAGAGGUGGAUGUUCUGGACUUGCUUGUUUUGAAUGCUGGGAGUGCGUUCUUCGCGGGGUUUGAAAGGGGGGUGGAGGGGCAUGAAAGGACGGUGCAGAAUAUGUUUCUUUCGAAUGUGUUAUUACUCUUGGAGUUGUUGGGGUUGUUGGAGAGGAGUGCGGGGAGGGUGACGUGGGUGGGAAGUCGGAAGGCGUAUGAGGGCCGGGGGGAUUUUGGGGUGUUGGAUGAGGAAGAGAGGUAUGAUAUGAUGAAGCGGUAUGGGGAGGUGAAGUUGCUAUGUUUGGGGUUUUUUUAUGAGUUGGGUAAGAGAUUGGAGGAUGGAAAGGUGGUCGUGAAUAUGGUUUGUCCGGGGGCGGUGCGGACAGGUCUGGCGAGGAAUUUGCCUGUGUGGUAUGUCCCGCUGGUUUGGGUGUAUCAGAAACUGAUGAGUAAGAGUGCGGAGGAGGCGGCGGGGUUGGUGGUGAAUGCCGGGGUUGUGGUGGGGAGGGAUAGUCAUGGGGUGUUUUUUGGGGAUGAGGAGGUUGAGAGGAUGCAUCCGUUUUUUGAAUCCGAGGAGGGGAAACGGUUUCGAGAGGGGGUUUGGGAGGAGACCAUGGCGGAGAUGAAGAGGGUGGUGGUCGUUCCGGAGUAUCUUUUGGCGGGGUCUGGGUGAUUGGAAGAUCUAUUGCAUUUAUGUUGGUUGAUUGGGGGGCAUAGGUUUGGAUUGCUGGGCGGUGACUGUUUAUAUGUCUGUAGGGCUCAGUAGUGUGGGAUUAGCCAAGCUAGUCCUGAACAAGGAUACCAUGCAUUAUGAGGAUAGAAUGCGCUUAUCAUUCACUAGGUAUAUCAUUAAACACCACGUCGGAUCGAAUCAUCACUCAGCCAUGGAUCCUCAAUCAGUCCUUUUGCUGUCUUCCUGUCAUCGGGAAGCCACUGAAGCAUUUUUCUCGCAAACGACAGGAACUGAUCCUUUUGCUCUCCAUCCAGUGCUUUGACUGUAUCCUCAAUUUUCAAUGUGUGUGGGAUCAAGUGAUUAUGC